CCGGGGCGGAGCUUGUAGGAGCUAGCAGAAGCUCGAGCGGAGAGCGCAGGCGCGGCUGAUCUACCAUGGCCGAAAACCUGUACCGAACCCGGUCCCGGGUUUACAGCCCAUCCGUGCUGUUUCUGCACCCAGAUAUGGGUAUAGGCGGUGCCGAGCGCCUAGUGCUGGACGCGGCGCUGGCGCUGCAGGAGUACGGCUGUCAGGUGAAGAUAUGGACCGCGCACUACGACCCAAACCACUGUUUCAUUGAGACCCGCGAGCUCUCGGUGCAGUGCGCAGGGGACUGGCUGCCUCGCAGCCUGGGCUGGGGCGGCCGCGGCGCCGCCAUCUGCUCCUACGUGCGCAUGGUCUUUCUGGCGCUCUACGUGCUGUUUCUCUCCGGCGAGGAGUUCGACGUGGUGGUGUGCGACCAGGUGUCUGCCUGCAUCCCUGUGUUCAAACUGGCCAGACGGCGGAAGAGGGUCCUCUUUUACUGUCACUUCCCAGAUCUGCUGCUUACUCAGAGAAAUUCAUCUCUGAAGAAGUUCUACAGGGCCCCCAUCGACUGGAUCGAGGAGUACACCACGGGCAUGGCAGAUCGCAUCUUGGUCAACAGCCAGUACACAGCUUCCGUCUUUAAGGAAACCUUCAAGACCCUGUCUCACAGAAAUCCCGAUGUGCUCUACCCAUCUCUGAACAUCGGCAGCUUCGACUUGGCCGUUCCUGAAAAGAUAGAUGACCUAGUCCCCAAGGGGAAACAGUUCCUGUUCCUCUCCAUCAACCGGUACGAGAGGAAGAAAAACCUGCCCUUGGCCCUGAGCUCCCUGGUCCAGCUUCGCGCUCGGUUGCCGCCUCAAGAGUGGGAGAAGGUUCAUCUGUUCAUGGCUGGCGGCUACGACGACAGGGUCCUGGAGAACGUGGAGCACUAUAAGGAGUUGAAGAAAAUAGUCCAAGAGUCAGAUCUCGAGCGGCACGUGACCUUCCUGCGGUCCUUCUCAGACAGACAGAAGAUCUCACUCCUCCACGGCUGCUUGUGUGUGCUCUACACGCCCAGCAAUGAGCACUUUGGCAUCGUCCCUCUGGAGGCCAUGUACAUGCAGUGCCCGGUCAUCGCUGUCAAUUCCGGUGGGCCCUUGGAGUCUAUUGUCCACAAGGUCACGGGGUUUCUGUGUGAGCCCGACCCAGUUCACUUCUCGGAAGCCAUGGAGAAGUUCAUCCACAAACCAUCCUUAAAGGCAACGAUGGGCCUGGCCGGAAAAGCCAGGGUGGCAGAGAAGUUUUCCGCUGAUGCAUUUGCAGAUCAGCUCUACCAGUAUGUCACCAAACUGGUGUAGUCGGGAGAGUGUCAGGUAGGGUCUGUAUGCCUCGUGCACUGCAGUCCCUCUUCUGGGUUGUAGAAGCACCUUUGAAACCAAAAGAGGAGGGGGAAAAAAAGGAGCUAGAAUCUAGUGCUAGUGAGAUAAUUUUUUUUUUUAAGUAGACUUGAGUCUUGAGUGUGAGCCACCUGUCCACCACACCCACCUGUCAUUUUCUGAAAAUACUCUCAAUGCUGUAAUCAUUCCGAAUCACAUCAGUAUUGUGGAAAGUACGGUAGAAAUCUGCUGCUAGCAGACGAUUUUAAUUCUAUUUUCCUGGAUUAUUGUUCCUUUAUAUAUAAAGGUUUAAUCAUCCAGUGCCUUAAUUGGCUUUAGUAGUUUAGGUCCUAACCAUUGCCACAGUCAGUUGAUUUGACUUCAGAGUGUAAUGGGAACGGAGCUACUGUGGUUCCCAUGCUCAGUUUACUUAAAGGGUUCUCUAGUAGCUGCUCAGAAAUUCUUGUUGGAAUUUUGGCUGGAUCCACAGCAAGAGUCCUCAGUAUUAUUUAUUUGUUUUGUUUUGUGUUCUGUUUUGUUUUUACUGCAACUUGACAAUAAAAGAUGUUUGGCAUUGGAAGAGAAUAGAACAUUAGGUCUGGGCCCAGCGCUCUGACUCCGUCUUGUUUAAUAGUUUAACCUGAAGUCGCAAGACUGGGAUAAACAGGAGAGCUGACAUGAAGGACAUCAUCGCACAUGUUUCGGCUUACUGUGUCAGAACUACACGUGCUUGGCCUUAUUUCUUUGAGCCUGUGGCAGAAGAGUGUAUCGAGGCAGAAAGCAGAAAGGUCCAACCUCCCUUUCUAGAAAAUGUCCCUUGAUGUCCUGAUUCUCUUCCACUAGUCCUCACUACUAAAGGUCCUGUCACCUCUCAGUAACACUGUGGGCCGGGAACCAAGCCUCAGGGCACAGGCCUUUGGGAGCUGUAUUAGAGUUCUCGAGAAGAAUAAACAGCACUUACAGAAGGAAUUCCCAGAAGAAGAAUGACUUACAGGCUUCUGUCCAGCUAAUCCAACAGUGAGCAGAAAGUCCAAAAAUCCAGCAGUUCGGGCCAUGAGGCUGGGUGUCUCGGCUGGUCUUCAGUAGACUCUGGAAUCCCAAUGACGUAGGCUCUAACGCCAGUGAAGGAAUGGACUUGCCAACAAGGUGAGGCCAAGCAGGCAAAGAGCAAAAGCUCCCUUCGUCCUGUCCUCAAGUAGACUUCUAGCAGAAGGCGUGGCCCAGACUAGAGGUGUGUCUUCCCACCUCAAGAUCAGGAUUAAAGAAGAUCUACUGACUUCAAAUUAAGCAAAACUCCCUCCCAGGUGUGCCCUCUGUCAUUAGAUUUUAGUUCAUUCAAGAUGGAGUCAAGUUGACAACCAAGAAUGGCCAUCACCGGGGACACUCCACAUAUAAACUGUAUACCAAGCUUCAUAUUUCAGACAUGUUUCUUAAUGUCAUCCACGUCUCCAGCCCCUGUAGUGUGUAUGUGUUGUAUUCUCUGCAGAAUUUAGCAUGCCCGUGUUUCCUGUCCUUCACAUAAACGCCUUUGUGUGAAGCUUGCUUGAUCCUCCACUCCCCUCUCCAGCCCCCACCCCUGUGACACUGCCCAGUAAUAACUGUUCGUUGUUUACCUGUUGCUUGUAAGUGCAAGUAUUAAAGCAAUUUGAAAGCUAAACUCACCUGUAAGACUAUAAUAAAUACCUGUAAUCCAA